CGGAGGCGGAGCGGGGCGGGCGCGGCCCCGGAUGGAGCAGCGGGGGGAGGCGGCUCCAGCUGCCGCUCCAGCCCCAGCACUCGCCGCCGCCGCCGCCAUUUAGACAUCCCGCCGCGGCAGCCAGCGCUGGGACAGGGUGCGCGGGAGGGGUCUGGUCGCCGCGGCCGCCGCCAUCCUCAUCAUCGCCAUGAGCCGCCUGUCGCAGCUGCUGCUGCUCGCCCUGCUCGUCUUCCCCGCCGCGCUGCUGCUCGGGGGCGCCCGCGGCGGCCCAGGUUUAUUAGUUGCAGCUCAAGAUGCUACAGAAGAUGAGGAAGCUGUGGAAGAUACUAUAGUUGAAGAUGAGGAUGAUGAAGCUGAAGUUGAAGAAGAUGAGCCAACAGACUUGACAGAAGAAAAAGAGGAAGAAGACUUGUCCGGAGAACCUAAAGCCUCACCCAGUGCUGAUACAACCAUCUUAUUUGUGAAAGGAGAAGACUUUCCAGCAAACAACAUUGUAAAAUUUCUGGUGGGCUUCACCAAUAAGGGUACAGAGGAUUUCAUUGUUGAGUCUCUCGAUGCUUCUUUCCGGUACCCUCAAGACUACCAGUUUUACAUCCAGAACUUCACAGCUCUCUCUCUGAACACAGUAGUUCCACCACAGAGACAAGCCACGUUUGAGUACUCCUUCAUCCCUGCUGAGCCCAUGGGUGGCCGUCCUUUUGGUCUGGUUAUCAAUCUCAACUACAGAGAUGCAAGUGGCAACAUUUUUCAAGAUGCUGUCUUCAAUCAAACUGUUACAAUUAUUGAAAAAGAAGAUGGGCUGGAUGGAGAAACGAUCUUCAUGUACAUGUUCCUUGCUGGACUUGGUCUGCUGGUCAUUGUUGGCCUACAUCAGUUGCUAGAGUCUAGGAAGAGGAAAAGACCGGUACAGAAAGUAGAGAUGGGAACAUCAAAUCAGAAUGAUGUUGAUAUGAGCUGGAUUCCCCAAGAAACUUUAAAUCAAAUAAUGCAAAGUAGAAGAGAUAAAGCUUCACCAAGGAGGUUGCCCUACAAGAGGGCACAGAAGAGACCAGUGGGCUCUGAUGAGUAAUGUUAACUAGUGCAACAGUUGAACCUUUACUAAUUCUGCCUGUUUGGUUUUUUUGGAUUGGAGUAGUGCAGAGAACCCAUACCAUCAUAAGGAAAAUACUGCUAAACAUUUGGACUGAACAGAUUAACUGAAUGGUGUUAAUAUUACUGAAAAUGCACUUCUCUUUUAAUUUUUUUUUUAAAUUGUUGGGGGUCGGGGGAGGUAGCCAUUAAGAUUUGUGCCUGCGUGUGUAAGCGGUUGGUCUUAACAGAAACGUGUUACCUGAAAUGUGCCUUUAGAGUUCUUUGUAAUGCUGGCUUGUCAUCUGUACAUUGUCAUUGAAGGAUCUCUCUCCUCUCCCUAAUCUGAAUGUCUGGUGACUUUAAUCUGUCUUGAUUGUAUCAUAUCUGUAUCGGAACCUGAAUGCAAUUGUUCUUAUUCAGUCAGUAACGUUACUCUUUACAAGGUGCGCACACUGAUGUUUGUGUGUGUGGUCCUGUCUCAGUGGCCAGGCACUGAUCAUCUCAACUUCUGCAUAGUCUUCAUUCUAAAGGCACAAUUGGGUAUAGCUGCUUGUAGUGGUAGAUAUUUUGCUGCUGUUUUGAUCUGGGCAUGCAGUGACCUAAAAAUCUGAAUUUAGCUGCAUAGAUAUUAGGAAGACUCUUGCACAGCAGCAGAACUUGUGAAGCAUGGAAUUUGUGUGCUGAAUUGGUAUUACUACAUAAAUUUCUUUUUUAUACCCAGUUUGUUAAAUGGUUAGUUAUUGAAUUGUGCCAGCAUCUUAGGUAUUCAGAUUAUAGUGGUAGUUCUGCAAUGUUUACUCAAGAAACUGUUGAAUAAGCCAGAACAACUUUUCAGUCAGUUCUUGGUUCUUUCUCAUAAGAAUUAGAAUGUCAUGUGUAUCAAAAAGCCAAUUUAUUUUUUUUUAAGCUUUACAAGGAUUUGCUGUACACACUUGAAACUGAAUUUGAAAAACAGUUGGAUUCAAAUAAUUAUUUUUAUUGGCAAACUAAUUAAUUCACCAUUUACAGUUUUUAAAUCUGAGACAUCUUUACACUGGUCAGUGCAUUGGUCUGAGGUUUUUUUCACCUAGUCUUUCUUAACUAGUAACACAGAUGUGUAUUCAUCACUAGCUGCCUGUUGGUUCAGUAAUCAAGCAGAAAAGCUGUGUGCAGAAUCAAAGCAAGAUUUCCUUUUGUGGCUUACAUGAUUACCAGGUACUGAGGUAUUGAUCCACAUCCACUGUGUUCAGGAAUUAACUGACAGGGAAAAGAGCCAGUAUUCAGAACAUCAGUUUGCUUGGGCAAGGCUUGAACUGUUUGCAUCUCAGCUGCCUCGCUCCCUAUGUCUGACUGUUAUGUGAACGCUUGUUGAAUUCGGGAAGAGGCAUAGAUUUGGGGCCUCUGUUGUCUUCUUUUCCUCCCUUUUCUCGUCCCCACCUGUGAAAAUGCCCUUUUAGUUCCAAACUUGGUCUUCAGGGACUGAACUUCUGAGCCAGUGAAUGCUGAGUGAUCCUUCCAAAUCCUGCCACAGUGUGUUUGAAGCAUCUAGGCUCUGAAUCUACCUGUGCUGGCACUAUUUUGUUACAUACUUUGCCAGAAUGAACUUCGUUAUUGACUCAUCCUGCUGUGGAGAAGAUGCUUUGUUCUACUUCCUGAAAAUACAGCUAGUCCAGGCAGCAUAUGCAGUUAAGGUUGCUUAAUUGUCAUUCAGAUAAUUUAGGAAACAGUUGAAUGUUGCCCUCGUAAGGGGUAUCUCCCCUCAAACUGUGUGGAAGAGCUUUUUUUGCCUUUAGUGAUAUAAUCUGGCUGGUUCUGUGGUAGAUUUGCAGGCUUGUAUUCCAGCUUGCAUUGAGUCAACAGAGUGUUGAUGGGUUAAAUGCUUCCUAUGCUAAAGCCCCAUAGUGAUUGCAGCACCUGAUGCACUGAACUUGGAAGUUCCCUCUCUUGGAUUGUGUCUCUAACCUGACAUCCAGAGGGGCUUUUUUCAUCCUAUUGUAAUAGGUCAUCUUGAACUCUGUAGUCUUAAUUCUUCCUGGGAUUUAAAGGUACUCUUUGAGGGGGUGGUGAUGAUACAGUGGUAUGCCAGGAAAAAAGACAAAGGAUCAGAACAGAGGAUAUUCAUUUGUAAUAUCCUAGUUUUAUUGCUGCAAAUAAGAAGGCUGAGCUCUCUUCUCUGCAGUCAGUGGCUGACUUCCAAAUGCUUAAGCAUGAAAGAAGAGAGAAGGCAGCUUGCACUGGAACCAGCAGUGGGAAAGUCCAGGUGUACCAAGGCUGUUUUUCUGAUGAUACAACUUGGCAUUCACUGUAGAUGGUUCAUAGUGACUUUCUUAGCCAGAAGCAGUUCAUAAGAGCAGGGGCCAGUAGACCACUGCUGCUCAUGAUGAAUGUCAUAACAUUUUUUAAUUACUUGUUUCUCAUUAAUUUGCUGUAGUUGAAAUUUAGCCAUAACAUUCCAGCAUGCAGUGGUAACUGAACUUUGGCAUCUCUAGUACUAUUUCUAGUGAAUAAGCCUGUCUAUUACACUCAGUUUUCUUAAAUUGGGGACGUAGAGUUGUUGCUUUAUCCUAUCGGUUAUAAACUUUUAUUUUGGUACUUGAAUUUUAUACUCGAUUUUUAAACAGGGAUAGCUUAGUGUCACAGGUAUGUUGCUGGAUAUAAUUAUUAUUCUCAGCUGAGUAAGGUGUAGUUUUGCUAUUUAAAGAUAAGACGGCAGCAAUUCUGCCUGUCUAUGCCACCCAUUUCCAUUUGGCAGCACAAGCAUCUGUAUAAUCCAGCGUUCUUACCAGUUCUCAGCCAGCUUACUGCACUGCCACACAGCUGCUCCUGGGGGGUUCUCAGAAGAGUGACAAUUGCGAAGGAAGCUGUGGGCUAGGGUUUCUUUAUUAGUAAAAGAUCCUAAAAUGGAUUUUAGAGAGCAAAUGAACUGUGGGCUUAGAGUGAAGGACCUCUGUGAAUUCCUUUCUCACAGCUCCUUAACUUACUCAAAAAAUUGUGAAGACCUAACAGUUCUGCACUUGGGGUAGGAAAAACAGCUUUAGAGUUCACAUCUACAGAGGCAGCAAAGCAUUAAUUUAGGCUACCCUUGAACUGCAUGUGAUACCUGUAGCCCUCUGUAUGCUGUCUGCUUUCUGGCAGUGGUUAAUUUUUUUUCCCCAGUAUCCUUCAAUCAGAGAAAGAAGAGUGGCUGCUGUCAGACUCAAGGAUUGAAGUUCAUUCUCCACAUACAAAAUGAUUAAGUUGUAGGCUGUGGAGCUGGAUAGAGCAGAGUAGAGAUGGCAGUGCUUCUGCUUGUUCUAAAACAUUUAUGCUUAACGUCUUCCUUAGCUUGGAAAAGGUGUAAUCAAAAGUAUCAUUUACUGGUUAUUCCUAGAAUGCAUGGUGCUAAACAAAAUGUUGCAGGUGAGAGCUCCGAAUCCAGGGAAGCCAAAUUCUAAAGUAGACUGCUUGUCCUGUUUUUCAGUGUGCUUGAUGUACUGAGCAGUAGAGAGUCUGUUCUCUUUUCUUCUCCAAAGGAAGGACAGUACCUACCUCAUAGGAGUGACAUAAGGGCUGUUUCAAGAGUGUUUUGAAGUUAUUUGGGACUUGCACAAUACACUUCCAUGGAGAUAGUAAGACACAGCACUAGUGUAAAUGGUUGGCAACUGUACACAUAGAUCCAUACUGUACUAAUUUAAUCCCCUCACUGACCAGAAUUUAGCAGCUUUACACUUUGACAUUUCUAAAAUACGCAGAGGAGUUGCAGUUAACAUACAGAGGAGAGCAAAGCCAGAAAGAUCUCUUAGUUUCUGCAAAAAUUUAUAGGUGAGCUAAGUAAUAUUCUUCUGAUAUUUUUCCACUUAACCUCUAAAUUUUCCCAGGGAUUUUUUCUAAUCAGUUGAUACAGAUGAUUGUUUAUGUAGCUACAAUCAACAGUCAAUUUAAGAAUGACUGAUUGUUUUGGAUGAUUAAGUUCAGGUGAUGUACUGCAACUGAAGUGUUAAAUUAUCAUUUAAUUUCUUACCUGCUGACUUGCAUUUAUAAGUGAGAUCAGAUCUCUUGAAAACAGCUGCAGGUUUUUUGUAAAGUAUACUUGAUUUUUUUUUCUUAGCAUUGUGUAGCUUUUUUUUUUUUUAAUAAAGCAUGAGUAUGGCACCAAAAAAAGGCCUUUUCCUUGAUAAGCAAUCGGUAGUAGCAAAUGUGCAAAGUGUGGAAACAUGCCAUUCUUAAAAAUCUGCCUUUCUACCUGUGUAAUUGGAAUGGAAAUAAUAUUGAGCAAGUAUUCUGUGAUGUUUUGGACAAUGGACUAAUAAUUAAGAUUAGAAUUCUUUUAAAGGAGGGCCCUGGGAAAAUGUUCAGUAAAUUCCUGAAUUCUGAUGGGUUAAAAGGGACACAUAGAGCCCUGCAUUUCUAGAAGGAAUAACCUCAUGUUAAACCAUAGGCAGCAUAAAAAGGAUCUGUUAAGAUGCUUAAAGGUUGCUGAAGCACAAGGCCAAAUCCUUCCAGUUUUUACGUGCAUGCUGUUGUGUGAGCAAGCAAAUGCUCACAUUCCAUGUAGUUACUCUGAAAAUAGCAGUUCCAGCAGGUGUUCUGCAUCCAAACAGAAGAAGGUAAGACUUGUUGGGGAAAAAAAGCCAACAAAAAACAAGAAAAGGUUUAAAAAUAAAGAAUGCUGGGACGCCUGUA